GAGGAGAGGAGAGGGGAGACGAGACGAGAGACGAGAGCGCGGGCUGGCGGGCGGGCAGGCGGUCGGCAAUAAGUGCUAUAUGUAUCGAGGGGGCGACCUCGAUAGGAAGAACGUUGGCCAGCGCCGUAGAAGAACAGCCGCGGACAGAGGGCGAGAAAGUGAUCGAGGAAUCAUCGAGAAAAAUAAGAGGGCGCGCGGAGCGUCGAGGCAGGCCCAUAUACGGGCGGGCAGAUAGCGACGGGGGGCCGGGGGGGAGAUGGCGGGGACGCAGCGGGGUUCUUCGCGAUCCCCGAGCUCGGAGCGGACGACGCCCGUGCGCAUGUCGCCGCGCGGAUCGAUCGACGAGAGCUUCGAUCUGCUGACAGGCGCGUUUCCCCAUCCUUUUGUCGUCGCGGACGCUGCGGCAGCAGCAGCAGCAGGAGGAUUAGGAGCAGCAGCGAGGAGCGAAAUCGGAGCAGGAGCGACGUCGUCGACUUCCCCGGCUCGAGGCAACCCUAAUGGCGCAGGAGUUGACGCGGUCUUCGGCAAUCCCGCAAUGGUGUUGCAGCAGCAGCAGCUUCAGCAGCAGCCGAUGGAUUUGUUGACAGGAUUUUACCAGCCGCAGUCGCGAUCGCCGCCCCCGAAUCUGGUGGUUCCAGCGCCCGUGGCCGCGAAGCAGGAUGCGUGGAAGCGAGACGGGCAAGUGCAUUCGUCGCCGGCCGCAGGAGGGCCCAGCAAAGAGUACUUUGCCGCGACUCCAAUUUCCCCUCACUAUCCGUUUGUGGAGAAUGCCGUGCCCUCGCGUGCUUCGUAUUCUGUGUCGCCUCCUCCUCCUGCUGCUGUGAUCCCUAGAGUCUCCGAUGCGGCCACUGAAUCGUCCAGUCCCGGGCAUAGGAACAGGUCCGGUCCCGUGGAUGGCAGUUUUGCGAAUUUUUCCUCCGUAGCCGAGAAUAUGUCCAACUUAGAUUUCGGCGGCAGAUCUCAUAGCUCAGGCUCGGCUGGCCCGCUGCUCUCGCCGUCGCCGCAAACUAGAUCUCAUAGAAGUUCCUCGGGGGGUUCACUGGCGUACGCCAACUCCGUCAAUAAUCAUAAAUCUGGUGGCUUUGUGAAUAACUCUUACAGCGCAGAUUCGGCCUAUAAAGGUGAAUCGAUCGCCAAGCAAUCGGCCUCGAUGCCUUCAGGAAUUGGACUUGAAAGGCUGCAGCAAAUGCCUCCGCAUGCGAGAGCGGAAACCUCCCGUGCCCCAACGACCCCUCUCGAUGUAAAUUAUAGCACCCCGGUCCGAGGAGCUCCCAGCGCGCCUGCGUACCAGAUUGAAACGACGAGGAGGAGCGCGUCGGAACCGAAAUUGUAUCAGCGAGCGCCGUCCUUGAACAUAAGUUCGAGGAGCCAGGGCAAGGAGCCCGCCGCCGUUAUGGAUCCCCGGACCCCGACCAGUGCCUCCAAGACAAUUGUGCACGACGAAUUCGUGGGUGCCAUAUCCGGAAAAGGCAUCUACCGAGCUCCCAGACGCGGCGCCGUGCAUCCGACUCGACCGGUGUCGCUCGAGCUCAGGCCCCAUCCGCUCCGAGGAGCUCCGCCGAACCCUGUGUCCCGACUCACGUGCUUCGCCUCGUCCGUCUGGGCUGCGUGCGAGCUGGGGCUUAUGGUGUGGGAGGUGGACCACGCGACGGGCCGCGGGUGCGCGGGUACUGGCAACAAUUUAGGAGACGAGGAUGCGGCAUCGUACGAGUUUCUGAGAUUACAAGGAUCGACAACCGUGUCUAUGGCAGCCGACGUUGCCAACGAGGUUAUAUGGACCGGCCAUCGAGAUGGCAAAAUCAGGCUCUGGUCGGCGCGGCCGUCCACUGACUCCGACUCUUCUUCCUCCUCUUCUUCUUCUUCCAAGCGGGUAUCCAGAUCCGCCAGCCUCGUGUUCCAAGCCCAUCGCCCGGCCGUCACGGCUCUUGUGAUCACGUCUUACGGUGAGCUGUGGGCUGGAUUCGAUAGUGGUGAACUCAAGGCCUGGCCAUGGGAAGCCGUGGCGAAAGCAAUGUCCGGAGUCGGUGACGGAGCUUCGUACAUGGAGAAAUCUUACAUCGAACUUAGAAUUCGAAAUGUAGGAGUCGGUCCCAACGGCCCAAUCGCUCCUGAGGUUCGGUUCCUUGUUGCAGAUCAUGCAAACGGGAGAGUGUGGUGUGGUGGAGCACAGUACAUCGCUAUUUGGGACGCGAGGACUCGGGACUUCGUGAGGAUGUUUGGCGGACCUUCUGGACAAGCCGACCUUACUAGCCUUGAUGCCGGAUCACCAGGGAAGGAAAUUUUAUCGGAUGAAGACCUGAAAGUUGGCUAUGCCAAAGUGGGAAAGAAAGAGAAGGGGGGCUGGCUGCAACGCUCCCGUAAUGCGGUUAUGGGAGCUGCCGAUGCCGUGAGACGAGCAGCAAGUGGAGGAGGUCAAAAUGCGGAUGAUGGUAGGAGGCUUGAGGCUCUGGUGGCUGCAGCAGAUGGUACGAUGUGGGGAGGUUAUGGGAGUGGCCUUCUAGUUCAGUGGGAUUAUCAAGGUUACCGACUCCAAGAAAUCUUGCACAGAAAUGUAGUUAUUCGGAGCAUGUGCCCUGUCGGAAAUCGACUGUGGGUUGGAUAUGCCGAUGGGAAGGUACAAGUUCUGCCCCCUGGAAAUGCUGCUACGAAUCCAAUCGGCGGCUGGCAAGCACAUCGUCUUUCUGUAAUACAGAUGGCUGUCUGUGAUGCUUACGUUUUCUCACUGGGAUCAAAUGGAUCUAUUCGAGGUUGGAAUGUUACAUCCCCUGAUCGCAAUUUGGAUGGGAUGCUGAAGACAACAAUGAGCAACAGAGCGGAUUCAUAUACUCGUCAGCGAAAUCUCCUUGUCCUCGCGGCUACUUGGAACACCGCACAAGAACGAGCCUCUGUACAUUCUGUGAGAACUUGGCUUGGGAUUGAUCCCCGGUCAGACCAACCACCGGAGGCCAGUAUUGUGGUGGUUGGGCUGCAAGAGGUGGAGAUGGGUGCUGGUGCAAUUGGCAUGGCCGCAGUGAAGGAGACGGUCGGUAUGGGACUGCAAGAGAAAGGCAGUCAAACUGGUCAGUGGUGGCUCAGCCAAAUUGAUGCUUCCUUAGGUGAAGGAAAAGAGUAUGAACGUGUUGGAUCUAGACAGCUGGCUGGAAUGCUAGUUGGAGUGUGGGUGAGAAAACACCUAUUGCCCUAUGUAGGAGAAGUCGAAGCAGGAGCUGUGGCGUGUGGUUUUGGACGUGCUCUUGGUAAUAAGGGUGCUGUUGGAGUGAAGAUGAUGAUCUUCAGACGGACUAUCUGUGUUCUGACAUCCCACCUCGCAGCACACAUGGAGCAUGUUUCACGUCGGAACUCUGAUUUCGAGCACAUUUACAACCAGAUGAGCUUUGGACGUUCCAUGCGGAUAAAUGUUACAGCUGCCGCAGCAGGUGUUACAAACGCGGUACAAAAUAUGCUACGGGGUGGCCAUACCGUAAGACGAACAUCUGUUACGGUCGAUCAGGAUUAUGUUGACAGAGACGGGCCACUUUCACCGGAUUCCGAUCCUACCAGUGACGACGCCCCUGAACUAGCGGAGGCGGAUUUGUUGAUCUGGACUGGGGAUUUGAAUUACCGGAUUGACAAUAUGUCUUACGAAGAGACAAUUGGCCUCAUCAAGAAGAAGGCUUAUGACACCCUUCUUUCGGCUGAUCAGCUAAGAAUUGAGAUGGCUAGCGGACGGACCUUUCAUGGAUUGCGAGAGGGCCACAUAAAGUUUCCUCCCACAUACAAAUUCGAUAAGGGUUUCACAGUAUACGAUACUAGUGAGAAAAGAAGAAUACCGGCCUGGUGUGAUCGAGUGCUGUUUCGAGACAGCUUCGACAAUGGCACAGAUGCAAGUCGCGGCAUCAAACUUACCAGGCCUAUCAAGGCUACGGUGGUCAGCUACGAGGCAAUCAUGGAAAUUGAAGACAGUGAUCAUAAACCCGUUCGUUGCCUACUCAACGUGGACCUUUCUGUUAUUGAUGAGAACGCCCGCCGCCGUGAAUAUGGGGACGUUAUGCGUGAUGCACACAUUCAAAGUUGCAUCGCAGAACUCGGCUAUAUACCCGACACAACGUUGAAUACUAACAGGGUACUUCUGAAUGAUGUUGACACAUCAAAUCUGAUCUUAAAGAAUUCAGACAGACAAUAUCGCCUAUUAUAUCUUGUACACUGCGAAGGUCUGCCCGCAAGAGGUCCUUGUCCGUGUGGCCAACACAGCACAAAAGACUCACCUAGACAAAAUGCUGGUUUCAAGGAACAAUUUCCAAGGGCUGGAUAUGGCUUCCCGCACUGGAUAAUGGUUUCACCGGCUGCGGGAGUCGUUGGACCGGGUGAGUCUAUACCCAUAAGGAUCAAAUAUGUUAUGAGAACAGGAGGUAGUGAUCAGCAAGACAAGGUUGUUGUCCUGGUGGUCCGGUGGAAAGGUGCUCUUUCUUCUAGAUACAAGCAGCACAGAGUUUGUGUUUGUCAUGGACCAUCUAUCCGGAGUCUUGGGAAGGAGAAAGAGAGCUCGAAAAUACGUUCAAACGAUCAGCAACGGCGGCUUUCUCCUAGAGAAAAGGAACCACAGCCGUACACUGGAAGACCAGAUUAUGCAUCCUCGAGUUUCACUCAGAGUACACCGGAUCUUUUGCUAUGAGAUCAAGGACGAAAGGCUGUUGUUACUCAAUCAUGUUCCGUCAAUGGGUAGAAAUUCACUUUUUGUCCAAAAAUCCAACAAACCUAUAUCUUUGUUUUGCUGAUCCAAGAUUCAUCUAUAUCGAUUUUUGUGGGUAGGUUCGCGAUCAUUUCAGACUAAAGCCUUUUGAUGUGUAGAACAUUCUCAAGACCUGUGACAGCUCAAGGGCACUGCUCAAUCUCAUCUUAGCUUUCUCCAAACGCAGAUUGUCAAUACUGUCCACCCUUGCCCUUCGCUAUCAUUGACUGACAUUCCUGUCACUCACUAAAAAUCCUGGAACUUGCCAGAUGUCACGGCUUCUGUGUCAUAAGAUGUUGCCCUCGCAGCCCUUCACCUGCACAGAUUGAAGCAGGAGCUGCUGUCAGCUGAAGUCGCUGUCUGUACAUUUUCCAGGUAGGUCGUCGCAGUUAGUACAUGACCGGAGUUGUCGAGGGCCCGUAGUAUGACAAAAGUUCAUUGAAGGAGAGGGCUGUAUUCGGGUUUAGUUACGUGGCCUAUGUCUCUCAGGGCUUGUUGCCCAUGGCUUACAACUAUGUAGGUCUUGAGAUUUGGUUGCACUGUCUGUACAACAGUGGUCUGUCAUGGUCAAAAUUUUGCCUCUACUGGAUGUCACAUCUACAGCAAGAUAGCUCCGACUGAGUGCAAUAUUAACGGCGAUUUGGGCUUCAUCCUUGCAAUAGUGUGAUGGUUCCUCAUCUGGAGCUGUAAGGCGAUGAUGGAUGUCUAUUCAGGUCAUAUCUUUGACACCAAAGGUCUCAUCACUGCCUCAAUCAGUUGUGCAGAGAAUUUGUCCUGAAGAUAUGGGACUUCUUGAUACCAAUCUCCGUACGGUUCAUCGUUGUGAUCCUAUGUAUCAAAUUCAUCACAACUAAGCAGAGGAGCAAGAUUCUAUAAGCAGAUAUCGUAUCAGCAUCUCAUGACAAGGUAUGCUCUCUACGGCGGCAGAGACGGGAAGGAACAGAUGGAGGCUUUUGUUUCGAAUUGGCGAGGACAUGUACAUUUCCAGAGGUUGGGGAAUGGAGGCGUGGGCUCGAAGUAGCAUCUAUAUAGUCAAGUUUAAAGUCUUUACAUGAUUCUCCACGUAGUGACUGGAUGCAUAGAGCAGUACGAAACGUAUCACUUGAAAUAGUAAUUGGUUAUCUACCAGGAAAGACGUGCUUGAAGAUUGGCUCAAGCACUCAUUACAGAUUCUCACCUUUGAAGGUGUCCAUAGGUUGAUUCUUAAUUUGACAAGGGCACAACUCUGUGCGGAAGUCAGCAAUGCAAGAAGAAAUAAAGUUUAAUAUCUAGAGUACACAA